UUUGUCCCUGAAGAGAACUUAUCCGACUAUUACUCUUCUUUCUUUCCCUUCUCUUGUACUAUAUUAUAUUCCUUUUCUUUGUUUCGUUAGUCUAGUCUAAGGAGCUAUGGACACCCAACCGCCCGUCAACGCGGGCGGUAUUAAGAAGCAUGACGAACCCAGCGCAGCAGCACCGGUGACAGUGGCCAAAGAUGAUGGCACGGCCAAGGUACCUGGCGACUCAGGGGUUGCUGCAUCAUCAGCUCCAGCUCCAGCUGUAGAGCAGGAGAAAGACCAGGAUUUGAAGCAAAAGACACCAGUUGAAGUGGGUGAUGAUGAGGAUUCCGACUUUGAUGAGCUCGAUGAGGUCCUGGACGACUUCUCCAAACCUGCUCGUGCGCCAACCGCGCCUGCUAAACCAGACACUACCGCAUCACAACCGCCAUCCGCAGAGGACUUCGAUGAGUCGGCCUUUAUGAAACAGCUCGAGCAAGACAUGGCCAAUAUGAUGUCGCAGGCAGCUAAUGAGACCGGCGCCACAGACGGCAAGGGUUUUGAAUCUGCAAUCGAUCCGGGAGCGGAGGCAUUCGCAAAGAAGCUAGAGGAGUCGGGGAUUGAGCCGGGUGAAUUUCUCAAGCAGCUCCUCAAUGAUGUGAUGGCGGAGUCUGGAGGGACCGCACCAGCUCCCGACUCUGCUGCAGCCGCGACAAAGGGGGAUGCAGCUGCAUCGCCCGAUACAUUCAACGAUGCGAUCCAGCGGACGAUCAACCGCAUGAAGGAGUCGGGCGAUAAGGCCACAGCCGCGGCUACAGAAGACGACCUCUCGGAUGAUCUAUUAGCUCAGCUCCUCAAGGCAGUCGAGGCGGGUGAAAAUAGCGAGGGUGAUCUGACGAAACUCAUCUCGGGGAUGAUGGAACAGCUAUCCAACAAGGAGAUGCUCUAUGAGCCCAUGAAGGAACUGGAUACUAAGUUCGGGCCAUGGAUUUCCGCCAACAAAGACAAAGUUUCUGCAGAUGAAAUGUCUCGAUAUGCAACGCAAGCGAAGUAUGUGUCGGAGAUUGUGGCCAAAUUCGAAGAACCGGGCUAUACAGACGAAGACCCCAAAUGCAGGGAGUAUGUCUGGGAGAGGAUGCAAGCGAUGCAAGCUGCUGGCAGCCCUCCCGAGGAACUAGUUGCGAACCCCUGGAAUCCUCUCCUGGACGAUGCUUUAUCUGGCGGUUCAGCAGGGGGAAUGCCCGACUGUCCUCAGCAAUAAGCAGUCGCUGAUACAUCAUCUCUUACGUUUACGAUUGCCAAAUUUGCAAUGCAACUAGAGUAUAAUCUUCAUUCUUCGCAUUCGAUGGGCGUGGAUAUGUUUGAAUGAAUUUCAUCGACUUGAUUGACCGGGUUGAUACUUCCAUUUCGUUUAUUUAUUGCUUAUCCAGAAAACGCUUUUCCCCUUCUCACUACCAUUUCAUGUCAUUACUUUUUAGAUAUCCCUUGUUUAUUUAUUUAUUUUUAUUUUUAUUCCCCCCCAUUCAUUUAAUCCCUUGCAAUGUCUUAUGCAUGGCAUGUGUAUGUAUGUAUGUGCCUUAUACAGACUUGAUUUCCUGGAACCCGAGGCUUUCCACGGAUUGCUCAAUGAGUAUCAGUCAUCUGUCCAUCCUUCACCACUGAAUAACGAAGCAUAUAGAGAAUCGCAAACAAUUGAC